CUGUUGUUUUAUCAGUUUUCCACUUUACAACACUGAGGCAAAAAAUAAAAAAAAACUUUUUCAUUUAACAAAAAAUUUUAUUUAACAAUUUCUGCACAAAAUUUAUUUAAACUAGAAAAAUGUCCACUACACAUAGGCACCGCUAUAAAAACGCUGGCCUGGACUCUUCCGAGAUGCGUAGACGGCGCGAGGAGGAGGGCAUACAAAUACGCAAACAGAAACGGGAGCAACAACUUACCAAGCGACGCAAUGUUGUUUUGGAAAAUCCUAAUAGCGCCAUGUUAAAUAACAUGGAUAAUGAUAUUAUGCAGGAAUCUGAAAUGCAUCAAGUCCCUAAUGAUAUUUUACAAUCAGCCGAAGGUUUAGACUUGUCAAAAAAUUCCGAACAACAACAACAGUACCAACAUAUACCUCAAACAGUGCUUAAUCAUCAGCAGCAACAACAACAGCAGCAGCAACCAAAUGUUUACAUUUCACCACAGCAACAACAACCGAAUACGGUGAUCAAAAAAGAAAUGAUUGAUGCAUUGUACAGUGAAAUCGAAAGCGUCCAGUUGGAAGCCACACAAAAGUUUCGCAAAUUAUUAUCUAGAGAUCCAAAUCCACCAAUCGAAGAAGUCAUACAAAAGGGUAUAGUUCCAAGAUUUGUGCAAUUUUUGAAGAACAACACUAAUGCGUCAUUACAGUUUGAAGCCGCUUGGACUUUAACAAAUAUUGCUUCGGGCACUUCCCAGCAAACCAAAAUCGUUAUUGAAGCCGGUUCAGUACCCAUUUUUAUUGAAUUACUCUCCAGUCCUCACGAUGAUGUACAGGAACAAGCUGUUUGGGCUUUAGGUAAUAUAGCCGGCGAUUCACCCGCCUGUCGUGAUCAUUUACUAAAUUCGGGCAUAAUGCAACCUUUAUUGCAUGUUUUAAGUACCACCGAACGUUUAACAAUGAUACGUAAUGCCGUUUGGACCUUGUCCAAUCUGUGUCGUGGUAAAAAUCCUCCAGCAGAUUUCACAAAAAUUGUACAUGGUCUACCCAUUUUGGCGCGUCUUUUAAAUCACUCAGAUACGGAUGUUUUAAGUGAUACCUGUUGGGCCAUAAGCUAUCUAUCCGAUGGUCCCAAUGACAAAAUACAGGCUGUUAUAGAUGCUGGCGUUUGUAGGCGUUUAGUGGAAUUAUUAAUGCAUCCUCAACACAAUGUCGUGACUGCUGCUUUACGUGCUGUGGGUAAUAUUGUUACUGGUGAUGAUGUCCAAACACAAGUUAUUUUGAAUUGCAAUGCUUUGCCCUGCAUUAGCUAUUUGCUUACCUCACCUGUGGAUACGAUUAAGAAAGAAGCCUGCUGGACGAUCUCAAAUAUUGCAGCUGGCAAUCGUCAACAAAUCCAAGCCGUCAUUGAUGCCAACAUCUUUCCUACUCUCAUUAAUAUUAUGCAAACGGCUGAUUUUAAAACGAAACGAGAGGCCGCCUGGGCUAUAACAAAUGCCACAAGUAGUGGUACGGCUGAACAAAUACGAUAUUUGGUUCAUGUUGGUUGCAUACCCCCCAUGUGUGAUUUCUUAACCGUGGUCGAUUCGGAUAUAGUACAGGUGGCAUUGAAUGCUUUAGAGAACAUACUUAAAGCUGGUGAAAAAUUCACAGCAAGACCAAAUCCCUAUGCCAUGGCCAUUGAGGAAUGUUCUGGCUUGGAUAAAAUCGAAUAUUUACAAUCACAUGAAAAUCGUGAUAUAUAUCAUAAAUCAUUUUAUAUAAUCGAACAAUACUUUGGUAAUGAGGAAGAAGAUGUACGAGUGGCACCCUCAGUGGAUGGCAAUCAAUAUGCUUUCAAUACGGAUUUAGGUGCUCCACAAGGUGGUUUUAAUUUCUAGCCUCCUCAACUGGUAAACUAAACAACACAAAAUGAUGAUGAUGAUAGUGAAGAUAAUGAUGACAACCUUAGUUAGUAAAGCUAUAAUGACUACCUACUACAUGAAAAGAAAGAAGUAAAUUCUCACAAGUAUUUGAAAUUAUACAACCAACUAACUACUCGUACUACAACCAAAAUAUGAAAUCUUUAAAGUGUAAAUGAGAUUUUUUUUUGUUUUGCUAAAAGAAAAAAAACUAUAGAAACACAAAAUAAGAGAAAACUAGAAAUUAAAUAAUAGAAAGAAAAUUAAAUCUAUAGAAUGAAAAUCAACAGCUGUAGCAGUAAUGAAUAAUGAAUACAUUAAAAAAAUAACGAGAAUUAACUAAACAACCAAUUGAAAAAUAACUUCCAAUAGUCAAAAAUUGUUAGUAAUUUAUUACUAAUACACUCUACUACAUACUAAUAAUUUUAUUUAACCUUAAAGAUUUCUUUGCUUUGAAUGCAUUUUUGUCUUAUGAUUUUUGCCUUAUUUUUUAUGAUUUUCUUGUAAUCUUUUUUUUUAAGUUUGGCUUUUGUUUGCGCAUUAUAAUAUUAUUACCUUUAUUUCCUAUAUUUUAAUUUGUAUACAAAACAUAUUUCCAAUUUCCAUUGCUUUACUAUGUAAUAUGUACAUAUUUUUUAAUUAUAUUUACGUUAUUUAUUAUAAUUAUUAUAAUAAUUAACAAAAAAAAACAAGAAGAAAACUUAAAUUGAAACAAACAAAAAAAAAGUUUGAAACAAAAAAAAAUAUGUUGAAAAUAAUUUAAGUUUAACAUAAAAAAUCUGUGUUAUUUUUUAUUAUUAUUAAUUAUUUUUGUUUAUACUUUUCUUUUCUCUAUAAAUUUCAUAUUUCUAUAUUGAUUUUGUUUAAUUUUUAUUUGAUUGCAUGGAAAAAUUCAUAAAUAAAGAAUUAAACUAAAAAAACGAA